AUGGCCGACCCCGUUGCGGAGCACCUCGCCCUCAUCUGGUUCGGUCUGGGCAGCGCAGGCCCCGUUAAUUGGUUGCUCUGCGCGGUAUCAAACAUGUUGUGGAAAAACACUAAAGGUGACAUUCAAUACCUUUUCCUACCCCGUGCCCCAUAUACUUCAUCACGACAUCCCUCUCAUGCCAUGCCAGGCACCCUCAUAUAUCCCCACGCCAUCCACCCGGCUCAAACUAUAUGCAAGAUUCCCAUCGCAAUUCUGUCUGAAGAGCAUGAAAGGAAAGUACCAAAAAGGACAAAGCACAAUAAUCCUCCCCCACCUUCUUUGAUCAAGCCCAUCCAGACCCCGACUCUUCAUCGCCCCAUUCUUUCUUCUCUUUCGAUCAGAAAUCGCAGCAGAGCUGAGCCACUGCAGGACGAGGUACCUCUGGUGUGGUCCCUAGCAGGAUAUACUAUGCUUGAUCAACCCGACUCGACUCGGCGCCUGGCCGCGAAGGCUCUGCAACAUAUCGGAGACACUGGUGCAGAUGAUGAGAGAUACACUCCUAUCUACCAUAGCGAGCAAAGAGCCCAGUGCCCACGCACCAUGAUUAGAAGUCAGCUACAGCAAAAGGGUCAUCCAGAUAAGCUAUAG